AUGUCAAAUAUACUAGGAAAAAGAUACAAAGAUUCAUAUCUAGAAAGAAAUAUUAAUUGGAUGAUCAGAAGUAAUGAUCCAACACCACUUGAAUUUUUUCGUUUUAUUUUUCCAAAACAACGUAAUAUGGCAUUUGUAAAAUAUCAUGAAACACUUUAUGAAUCUCUAAACUAUGCUGAAGAUCAAGCAGUAAAGGAAAAACUUGAAAAAAUAAAAAAAAAUCUCAGUGAAGAAACAAUUCAGAAAGAUUGGAUAACAUGGACUGAAGAGAGAAAAGCUGUUGAGAUCCGUCAUUCAAUAAUUCAAACAAAUGUGAAUAUUCAAGGAAAAUUCAAUUCAUUAGUACAAAAGGAGGAUAUUAAAACACUUGAUUCUGAAUUUGAGAAAAGAAUUUCUGAUGAUGAGGGAGAAGAAUCUCAUGAUGAGGAGGAUGUGGAGGCAAAUCCAAUUAAAAAAAUUAAAUCAAUAGUAGCAGCAACAACACCCUCAUCAUCUCAAAUAGAAACAAGAACAAGAAUAACUGUUUUAGAAGAAGAUGCUGCUGAAAAGGGUGUUGAUAGAAUUGAUCGGGUUUGUCAAAACUCCAAAAGAAUAAAAUUAAAUAAUGAAGAGAUAUGUACCUCUGACAUCAAUUAUUCAGCAGAUGAGUCAGAUUGGAUGCUAAGCACUGGAACUAAUGUUUCAGAAAAAUUAAGAACUUACUCCAGAAAAAUUCCAGCUAAAGAAGCAUUUCUUCAUCCAGCAUAUUUUGGGAUCGUAGAUUUAAGUGGAGAAGACAUUGGGUUCAAAAAAAUAUUCACUGAAAUUGAAUGGUCUGAAAUGAUACAAGAUUUAAAAACAAUGUUGAGUGAAGGAUAUUUCUCUAGUUCAUUCACAAAUAUGUUGACCAAAGGUAUCUUGACUUAUGAGCAUGGUUUAUCAUAUGAUGAAGGUGAGACACAAAGCUUAGCAUCAACAUUAAUAAAAAAUUUGGAUCAGGACCCCACUAGCAGAAGCAUCAUAGGUCAAAAAUGUGACUGUCGUGUUCAUAAGGGUGGUUUUGAAUAUGUAAUUGGACUGAGGUCUGGAGGGCUACCUGAGGCAGCCAAAUCAAAAAAAUGGGGGGAUAAGGUUGACCUUGCUGUUGCAAUGAGAGAUGUUUUACUAAAAGAAGGACUUGAAAACAAUGGAGUUGAUACAGAGAAUUUUAGGAAAAUUUUUACUCUGGGAAUGCAUAGUUAUGGAUACAAAUACAAUGUUUAUGGAAUUGACUGGAAAGCCAAGAACCUUUGGCGGUUUGGACUACUUCAAGAAACAAAAUUACCACAAAUUAUCAACCAAUUGCCAAUGAUUGAAAAGACCAUCACUUUGUUGUUGAGGGUUGAGAAAACAAUUAGUGUUGCUGAAAAAAUUAGAAAUAGAGUUACUUUUGAAAAAGCUAGGUUAUACCGCAAUCGAAGAGACUCAGGAUAUUGUAUGCCAUAUUCAAUAUGUACUGUAGGAAGGACUUCUAGAACAAGAACAGAUAUGACUUUAUUAGCAAUGAAUUUAGGGUUCUAA